CAUUUUUUACUACCUAUGUAAUAUAUUUUACUUGUUAUUAUAAUUGUUUAUAGAUUCUUAAUGUUCCUGUUGAUGACAGGAAAGUUUAUGUUGUCAAUUCCCUGCUCAAAGACACCAAUCAUAGGUUUGAAUUCCAGGGUAAAAAACCCACCAACAUGUGGGGACUCCGACUGAAGUUGCCACCUAAGCCCCCACGUUUUACGUUACCCGCAGAAGUUCCAAUUAAUGAGAAUCUUUUGCAUCACCAAUUGCGCAAUAAACUUAACCUCAGUAUAUUACCACCUCCAAAAAAGACUGAUCUUGUAAUAAAUGAACGACUUACCGAAUCAAUGUAUUCAGUGGAAGGAUUGAAAUUUUUACAUCAAGAUUCACAUGUUGUCAUGUUACCAAAAGGCCUUCCAUCAAUUGGACAUAAUGUAUGUAUUAAAAGUGCCAGUCCAAUUGUACCUGUUCCAAGAUCUGUAAUUGAAAGACGGAUUAGGCAACAACAAAUAGAGACAAAUAAACGAAGUUCUCGAAGUUCGAGUGUGGUUACUAAUAAAGUUAAAAAAUCAAUAAAAAAAGAAAAAGUUCCUGAAAGUCGAUCACCGUUCGAUCUCAGUUCAACUGAGAGUACUCCAGAAAAAUAUAUAUCGGCAUCUGAAGGAGAACUGACUAGUGAAGAUGAACCAGAUGAUGAUGAAGACCUUGAUGAUGAAGAUGAUAUUGAUUCGUUGCGUACAACGGACCUUCAAAGCCGCCGUAGUCAGAGACUUCGACUUAGUGUCAACCGUUUAUUAAAUGGACGUCCACUUGCUAGAUCAUCGCUUCCUCGUGAGACUCGUUCUGCUUCAUCAAUUACUUUGCCUCUUUCUUUAGCACCUGUAAUAACUCAACCACAAGUUCGCACUACCAAACGACGUUUAAGUGAAAAAGAUUUGCGUGUUGAUCGUAAUGGGCAGUAUUUAGUUAAACGCAAGAGGUUACGUCGAAAUGGCUUACAGAAUAGUGGUUUGACUCCAACAAAACGUCAGUCUAAGACCAACUGUAAUGGUCGUCCAAUGUAUAAAUCGUAUUCAGAUUUCUUUGCAAAUCACAGUCACUCUGUAAAUAGACCUUGUUCACCCGAGAAUGCUGUAGACUCUACAGCUGAUCUUAAAACUCUUGUACAUUCGUAUUUCGGUGCUAGUAAUAGAAUUGCUAAUGGUGAAGAAUAUACUAUAUUAUGCAAAAGAACUAACCCAGAUGGGUCAGAAGAAUUUUUAAUUAGAUGGGAUUAGUAUAUUAUUCUAUAUAAUCAUAAACAUAACAAAAUUUUUCAAUUAAAAUACAUUUCAAAUUCCCAUAGAAGGAAAAUAAAAUGUUAUUACAUUUUAAUAACAUGAUUUUAAUGAUGAUUGUAUAAGCUGUUAUGCAUCUGUAUUCUGUUACUAUUACCAAACCUGGUAUUUGACUGUUAUUAUCAACGUUCCUGAUUUGAUUCUUAAUUUCCUAUUCAUAGCUAUUGUGAUGAGAGUUGUAUUAAAUUUGUAUUGUUAUAAUCAAUAAUAUAUUCUUGAUGGAAUGUUGGCAAUAAUUAGUUGAUACAAAAAUGAUUCCUAUAUACUAACGUGUAUUGAUAAAAAUACAUCGGACUUGGCUCAGUUUUAUACCAUUAUACAUUAUCCAAACACAUUUUAGUUUAUUCUGAAAACACUGAGUUUUGGGUAUUGUUUUUAAAAAUUAUGACUAUAUCAAUUGUUCGGCAUUUGUCACAAAUUGUAUGCCUAUAAUAAUUUCCUACUACUUAUUAAUUACUUUCAUAAGCUAGUGAAUGUGUAUGGUCGCACAAGGUUUUAAGUAUACAUUAAAAAAAUCAAGCGAGUGUAAAAAAAGAACAAGUUGUAUUUAUUAUUAUUAUUAUUAUAUAUUUUUUAACGUAAAUUGUGUUCAUAUUUAUAGUUUAGUGAUAUUGAUGCAAUAGUUAUGGUAACGUUUUGGGUGAAAUUACCAUAUCACAUUUUACUGGUCCUCAACCCAUCCCGUAGUUGUAUAAUUUUCUGAUUUUUAUUUAAAAAAUUUAACCUCAUUGAAUAGGUAUUUAAUCAUUGGUUAAUGGAAAUACAUAAUCCCAUUAAUGGUACAUUUAUUUAAUAUAAAAUUAAUGUAAUAAAUUUAUAUAGAACAAAUUGUUUAUGAUUUAAGGGUGUAAUUAAAUUGUUUAUACCUAUACUGAUGGGUUAUCUAGUAUCAUGUAGAUGUAUUUAGUGUAAUUUUUACCUAUGAAAACAUUUUUUAUUUUAAUCGAUGUAAAGAAUUGUAUGCGUUAAGACUGAAACAUGUGUCCAAAACGUGAAAAUGAUUAUUUCUGGUAGUGGUUUUAAGGUCAUGGCAUUUAAGAACUUUAAAAAUAAGUGACAUUUUUUAUGGGUAGUUAUAAUAAAAUGUUCUAAUGUUUUGUUCAUACAUUCUAUGGGUUUGAAAUUGUGUUGUAGAUCUCGAAAUUUUUUUUUUUUUAAUGCGUUUUUUAUUGUUUUGAAUUUUUUUCCCAUAACAUUGAUAUUUUUAACAUCUUGGGAAAUGUCAUAAAGAUAUACUCUCGUCCAUUUUUAAUAAUUAUUCUUAAGAAUCAUAUUUCAAUUUGUGACGAUAUUUUUCUUUACAAAUAAUUACAUUCAAGUACAAUUUUUUUGCCAUACAUAUUAAGCUCGUUCUAUUAGUAUUUAUAAUAAAUAAAUAUAUAUUUUUUUUCUAUGAAGGAAUAUUUUUUAUAUGACAGGUUUUUUAAGUACAAAUACAGUAACUAUUUGAAAUAUCUUAUUCAAAUAAUCUAUGUUCUCUUAUGUAAAAUUAUCAAUGAUUAAUUAUGUAAAUUAUCACUGCCAUUGAGAUGACUGUUAAUUAUAUCAUUUAAGCUUUACAUUUUGGUUUGGCUACCUAAAAUUAUAAUUUAAAAAAAAAAAUUUUAUUUUCUUCGACAUAAAAAUGAUGCAUGUUCCUAUAAUUAUUAUUUUUCUAUAAAAAUAUGAAUAUAUUAAUUUAGUUUUCCAAAUCAUACGUGGUAUGAAACAAUCCAAACUCAAUAUUAUCUUAAAUAGUGUAUAAUGCAUUUAUUAUCUGUUUAUAAUUAUGUAUGUUUAAUUAAGCCUGCAAUACUGCUUUAUACUUUAGAACGAAUUAUUAUUAUUAUUAUUAUUUUUUUUUUUUGCUCCAUCUUAAUAUUAUAUUAAUUGAAAUGUCAUACGUAGUCAUGUAGCCUUUUAUAGAUGAGAGAUACCUUUUCAGAACCCAAUAAAUCUUAAUGUGUGAUGAUUUAUGAUUAUUUAUUAUAAUAAAAAUAAUUCUUGUCGAUGUAUUUAAAGAAUUUUGUUUCAAAGGAAUUAUGCUAUUUAAUUAUAAAGGAAUUUUUAUUAAUAUAUAAAUAUGUAUUUAUAUACAUAUAUUAUUAUGUGAUUGUAUCUAUGUAUUUUAAUAGAAUUUAAGGAAAGGCAUAUGAGAAAUAGAAAUACAAAUUUUUUACUUCUACCUAAUGAAUUAUUCAAACUAAAAUAAUAUACAUAUAUUUUGUAUUUUGUAUUUAUGUUUCUGCAAUGUGUGUAAAUCAAACGUGAUUCUACAAUGUGAAAAAAUAUUUUUUUAACAUCAGUAAUUUCAAUUAAAGGUGUAAAUGGUGUUCUAACCGUA